AUGCAAACAGCCCUGGUGUGCCUGUGCCUCUGCCUGCUCAGCACGGCCCUCUCGACACCGGUGCCACUGCCGCUGCCUGGGAGAGCUCCCAGGAACUGUAUGGAACAGCACCGGAUACUGCUGAAAGGCUGCAAUGCCAACCAUAGCUUCCAUGUUUUCAAAUACAUCUACUCGUUUUCAACGCGGAGGAACCAGACGCAGAUAAAGAAGGAAGAGGCCGACAGCCAAAGCGUCAUCUCCAGCCACCGGCUGGGCGAGGACGAUGCCAGGCGAGGACCGACAAAGGACGGGGCAGCCCUGGGUCAAGGUGACAAUGGCACCACUGAUGUGACAGAGAAUGAGACCAGCAUCAAGCCUGAAAACCGCAGCAUCCCAGGCGUUGGCGGGGAUGCUCACAGUCCUCGCCCGGGCACCAGCACACGAGCGCGCGGUGGUGUCGGUGUGGCAGGUCCCACCCUGGCCAGCUCAGAGGGCAGCGGUGACCUGGAUUUGGUGGGUGAAGUCGACGAUGGUGUUUCCACCCUCCCCCAGGGCAGACACCCCGGCGAGGCCAUUGCGGAGAACAGGUCCCGUGUCGGGAGUGAGGACAGGGACGAUGGUGCCCCUGGGGGGGUUCCAGUGGAGGGAGCCAUGACAACUGGGAGGGUGAGGGGUCCUGCCACUGGAGGGGCUGGGGAUGAGGGCAGCGGCGAGGCCACUGUCCCUGGCCAAGGGCAGGAGGAUGUCAUGCGGGGCACAGAGACGGGACGUGCCACUCUCACCUCCGUCAAUGAGAAGAUGGAGGACGUCCAAGUCGACACCGAAGGUAUGGAUGAAUAUGCUUACGUCCCCGACUCGGGCAGUGUCACCGUCACCCACGGAAUGGUGGGCAGCACAGCGAGGGCCACCGGCUUCACCCAGAUCUCUCCAGACAAGGACGAUGAGGGCAACAUCUUCAUUGGGAGGGCCAACAUCCAUGUGGGGGAGCAAGAAACCACCCAGGCCGAUGCCACCCUUGGCAGGGAGGAUGACAGCAUCCCCACUGUGGGCACCAUCAGCCCCAUGCCCAGGCUAGCUGUCACUGCAGCAUAUGACGGCGAUGACGAUGAUGGCAUCCCUCCUCGCAGGCAGCCUGAAGGACUGGCCACCACAGCCACCCCAAGCCAUGGGGACAGCAUCACCAGCAGCACUGGGGAUGGCCGUCCCACAGGAGAUGAUGAAGAUGGUGCCACCACCGUUGGUGAUGGAGAAGGAGCGGUGGCCCCCGGUCCCUGGAGGGUCACUGGUGGUGACAUUACCGUCCCCAUGGGGGCUGGCAUCCGUGGGAACGGUGAUGAUGAGGCAAGAG